UCCACUUUCAAAGCUUGUUUGACCUCCGCGAACCGAUGGGUCAGAUGAGAAGCCCAGGCGGCUGGCACGGAAUGUGAACGCGGACUAUGUUCGACGCGCCUGCUGAUCAGCAGUUAUGAGUAUGGGGGACGCGCCUGAAGCAUCGCGACUGUCCAAGUGGUAGACAGCCUGUGCAAAGAUGUUUCUCAAGGGCCUGCUCGUCAUUGCACUCUCGACAGUCAACCUUACAACAGCGGCACGGCAGGACGCUGGCCGGAAUGCUCUCGAAUCAGCCGCGCACCAACAGAUCAGCUCGCCCAGCACCCUGAAUAGCGACUUUGAACCUCAAUUGAGUGGGAGCCAUAUCAAUGAGCCUAUAACGGAUAAUCCGACAUCGAUAACAGGCUCGCCGAAGAGCGAACGAGAAAUCGCAGAUCAUGGCAUUGAUUCGACUGGAGAUGCGCAUAUAUCUUCAAAGGCACUCAGUCAGAAUACUGAACUAUCGCGCGAUUCAUUGGUCUGGGCUCAGCGGUCCAAGCAAGAGCUUUUAGAUGCCGACGAGGCAUAUCGGAUGAGUGUACAGACAGGAGGCACAAGGAAACGUCAAACAAAUGCGGCAUACAGCGAUGGUAACGGCACAGUCACGAAUGAUUGUCGGACCGCACCUGUCUACCAGAUCCGCAAUGGCACUCUAUCCGUCUUCCUAGGGAAUACGCAGUACUUUUACACAACCAACUCAAGUGUGGAUGCGCAACCAUUCAUUCCAACACUGAAUCCAGGCAACAUCGCACGGACCUUCAGGCUUGGAGCUGCCGGAGAAGUCAUCUGGAGAAAUGCUGCAUUCGAUUCAGGACAAGCGCAAUUCUGCUCAAUGGACGACGGCACCAUCUAUGCAGUAUUUCGCGCAGCUGCGAGGCCAGUAGGCUGUCUCAAUACGAGGCUUAUGCUCUUCGUUGCAUCGUCUUGUGCCAGGUUGCCUGAGUAUGUGGUCACCACAACUCUUGCGAAUGGAAUCCAGCAAUCACUAGCGACAAGCACUUCUACAACCACGGUUGGUGUAACGACAAUCACAGUAACGUAUCAAGUAACUGCUCCAGCCUCAACCACGACUGUGACAACGUACUUGGCUGCAGCAACAACUGUCGUCACGACACAACCUCUCACUACCUAUGUCACAACAACCACUACUCAAUCAGCCAGCCCGGCCGCUGCAAAUCCAGGAACGGUCACUGUAGUUCAAACAGUCACAAUCCCCACAAUCACCUCCACGCUCACCCAGACAACGACACCUCCGCCUGUCACCCAAACGACAACAGUAGCAUCCGGCGUGGUGACUGUCUCCCAGCUCCCCGCCCCAACCACAUGCAACAACCAAGGCGUGGAAUACGCCGCCUUCCGCAACAACCCCGGCUACCAAAACAACGGCAACUUCCAACCCGAAUUCAUGAAAUCCAGAGCCGCAGGCGGUACCUGGGAAGUCAUCUACACAUCCGGCAUAACCGACGGCAUAGGCGGUUUCCCUCAACUCUGCGGGCCCAACCCAAGCGAUAACGUAACAGUUUACGGAAACCCCCAGUCCUUCUCCUGCGUAGAAUUCUCCAUCAUGCAUCGGUUCUAUCUCUUUCCUUACAUGACCGGCACUUACACGUUCUUUUGGGAAGCCAACGAUGAUCGCGCAUGGUUAUGGAUCGGAAAUAAUGCUCGAACAGGCUGGAUUGGGAAUAAUGCUGAUAGGCAGACGGCUUAUUUGGCCUCAGCUCAGCCUUUUACACUUGACCUCGUAGCGGGAGACUACUAUGCAAUGCGGGUGGCGUUCUCGCAAGGCGGUGGUGGUGCGAAUUGGGGGUUCAAUGUCACGGAUCCGAAUGGGCAGGUUGCAUGGGAUAGGAAUACGAGAGCUUCGCCGUACAUUGUUAGGAGGUCGUGCGAUAAUACUACCGCGCCGCAGUUUACGACGCCGUUUGGGCAGGAGACGUGAUGGGACGAUGAGAGAAGGUGCGAGGGCGGGUUGCGGUAUGUACACGAGUAGUGCUGCAUUUUGGUUUACCGGUAGCAAUAUUGACGUACUUCUUUGGUCUUUCGACUCCAUAAUGCGCACCGUAUUCUUGUACUAUCCAGCGCAGUACAUUGAUCAUGGAUCAUGUCAAAGCAUCACGUUUCUGCCAAGAUGAAACCUGACGUUGAAGUCCAGUCCAUCAUCUCACCACCUUGAUGGGCCACCAACACUGCAAAUUUGAC